GUCCUUACGCCGUUGCGUAGCAGCUGUGGGGACGCGGCCGAGCCGAAGCCGGUGUGGCCCCCCUCCCCUGAGCUGAGCCAGGGGCCAAUGGCCAGGGACAAAGCAAAUCCCUGUGAGCUGGACCAAGAGAAAUAUGAUGCUGAUGACAACGUGAAGAUCAUCUGCCUGGGGGACAGCGCUGUGGGCAAGUCCAAACUCAUGGAGAGAUUUCUCAUGGAUGGAUUUCAGCCCCAGCAGCUAUCCACAUACGCCCUGACCCUGUAUAAGCACACAGCCACUGUGGAUGGCAAGACCGUUCUUGUGGACUUUUGGGACACAGCAGGCCAGGAGCGGUUCCAGAGUAUGCACGCCUCCUACUACCACAAGGCCCACGCCUGCAUCAUGGUGUUCGAUGUCCAGAGGAAAGUCACCUAUAAGAACCUGGGCACUUGGUACACAGAGCUUCGGGAGUUCAGACCAGAGAUCCCGUGUGUCGUGGUGGCCAAUAAAAUUGAUGCUGACAUAAAGGUGACCCAAAAAAGCUUCAAUUUUGCCAGGAAGUUCUCCCUACCCCUGUACUUUGUCUCAGCUGCUGAUGGCACCAACGUGGUGAAGCUCUUCAACGAUGCGAUUCGAUUAGCUGUGUCCUACAAGCAGAAUUCCCAAGACUUCAUGGAUGAAGUUUUGCAGGAGCUUGAGAAUAUUGAUUUGGACCAGAAAGAGGAGGACCAGCUAGCCCAAGAGCAGUGUGGCAACACCAAGAGCCUGCCUCCCUCCUGA